AUGUGAUAACAACUGAUGAUAACAAAUUAAAGUUAUAAAACUUUAUUUUGAUAAGAUAAUUUAAGAAUAAAACGCCAAUCAUUAGUUUAACAUAUUCACAAAAGUAAUUUUUACUAUUAAUAUUAAAUACUAUAAAAAAUAGAUCCCCUAAAAUGGUUCUCGUUUACGCAAAAACUUUAGAUACAACAACUUUAAGUCAUGUCUACAUUGAUAAAACAAGUGUCGAGUCCCAAAUAAAAAAUAUACUUAACAAAUAUCACAUAAAAAAUCGUACGAACUACAAAAAAUGGCUAUUAAAAGCCGUAUCUCUGAUUGAUUUGACCACUCUAUCGGGUGAUGAUACAAGGUCAAAUGUUACUAAACUCUGUGUUAAGGCUGCGUAUCCACUUUCCUUAAAAGAUAGUGCUACUCAGACUGCAGCGGUGUGUGUCUAUCCUAAUAGAGUUGCCGAUGCAAAUGAUGCUAUAAAAAAAUUGGGAUUUACAGGGAAAAUCCAAAUUGCGUCAGUUGCAACAGGCUUCCCAUCAGGUUUAUAUCCCUUGCAAACGAGACUGCUAGAAAUUAAAUUAGCUGUUGCCAAUGGAGCAUCUGAAAUUGACGUAGUUCUUGAUAGAAGUUUAGUUUUAAUGGGAAAAUGGGAUACUUUAUAUGAUGAGGUGCUUCAAAUGAAGAAGGAAUGUGGCAAUGCCCAUCUGAAAGUCAUCUUGGGUAUUGGAGAACUAGGAACAUAUGAGAAUGUGUACAACGCGUCCAUUGUAUCUAUGAUGGCAGGCGCUGACUUUAUAAAAACUUCCACCGGGAAAGAAGCGAUAAAUGCCACACUACCCGUAGGCUUGGUGAUGUGUCGAGCUAUUCGGAACUUUUACCAAAUGACUGGUACCAAGGUUGGAUUGAAGCCGGCUGGUGGUAUAAAGACGUCCCAGGAUGCAGUCAACUGGCUCAUUUUGAUUUACUCAGAGUUAGGUCCUGAAUGGCUUACACCUAAAUUGUUCCGCAUCGGAGCGUCUAGUCUCCUCACUGUUUUGGAAAAGGAUUUACUUCAAUAAAAACUUUGAAAAAAAACUAUUUUUAGUACUUUUAUAUGUAAUGUUAAAAAAUGUACAAAUUGUUGACUGUGUAAUAAACGACGGUGAUUAUUAAUUG